CAGUAGCUCCCGGCCACAACACCACUCAACCUUGUGCUGCACCUGCAACAACACCAAUAGCUGCAGAAACACUUACCAGCAACACCACUCCGCUACUUCCAUUAACCUUACACCAACACCACCACCACAAACCCUUUAGCACCAGCACCACCUCCUCCUCGACCAUCCCUCCAGCUGCUGAGUUCACUAUCUCUCAACCACCAAUUACUGGUAACGUAAUAAUUAUUUUCGCCACACAGACACACACACUGUCCUGAGGGUGAGGGCGACACCUAACAGCAUCAUUACCUUCACAAACAAGAGGUACUCAAGCACCCCGCCGACGUAUAAAUAAACAUUCCAUCGCGAGUCAGAGUCUAGCCCCCCAUAGACGAUACGUCUGCCGGAUCCGUCCGCCGGAAUCGUAAGUAAAACCGAUCGUGUAGGGGGGCAUCGUACUGCCAAUUCUGGGCGGAGUCCGGCGGCCGGACCGGCGAGCUCAGAAUCUGUCGGCGCCAGAUUUUCUGCCUUCCGUCCCACUUCAGGCGCCGGCCUGACGGAUUAUCUGUGGGGCUGUCGUCCGAUCGGCGUCAGUCUCAUAGCAACUCCCAAUUGUGGUAGUGUGGCAACAUGAGGAGCCUCGCCCUCAGCCUCCUCCUGGCUCUCCUCACAGCGUGUUGUGAAGGACACGCCGCCAGCUCCAGGAACACAUCAAUGACUUGUGGGUCCCCGUACACGCUAGUUGGGAACGAGUGUCUCUACUUCAUGGUCUUCGCGAAAGUGACCUUCCAAGAAGCCCACUACACCUGUCAGACUGCCGAUGGUGGACUGGCGAACAUCAUCUCCGCCACACAGAUGAAGGCUGUCGUUGAUUAUAUUAAGUUCAGUGAUUUUAAGUCGAAGGAUUUCUGGCUUGACGGGACUGACAGCGAAGAGGAGGGCAAGUGGACCACUGUCUCCGGUCAGCCCAUCCUCAUGGGCACACCUUUCUGGGCCUCCUACCUCGCCCAUGAUGAGCCUAAUGAUUAUUUGCAUAAAGAAGAUUGUUUGGUGCUCUCGUAUGACGAGUUCUAUUAUAUGAAUGAUGUUUCCUGUGAUGACAAGUCGCACCCCUUGUGCCAGGCGCCACCUACACUUACUGCAGAAGACGAAGGAGCCGCCACAGCGUUGUCUGGGUCUCUUGAGUGUCCCUUUAUGUUUAACCCUGUUGGUGGGUUAUGUCUGGCGUUUGUCUUGUGGGAGAAACUCAGCUGGACAGACGCUCGUCAGAUAUGCCACGGGAUGAACGGAGACUUGGUUGCCAUCACAGACAUCGAAGUGUUAAGGGCACUCUACAUGCACCUGCAGGAUGAAAACAUUGCAGACCACACCUUUUGGGUGGGUGGCUCUGAUGCCGAGGAGGGCGACUGGAGGUGGACCACUAAUGAAGCUGUCGACAUGGGUACACCGUUCUGGGGGCUGUACAAAUACCAGCAGGAACCUACCGCAGGGAUCUUUGGAAACUGUCUGACGUUGAAGAGUCCUGGCGGCUACUACUUCAGGGAUGAUAGCUGUCACGAGAAACACAAUCCCCUGUGUAUGUAUGUUGAACCAUAACACCCAAAACAAUACUCACAUGAUGAACACUUUUGUUUGUUAUGGACAACAACUUUAAGUUACCAGUACACUAAAACAUUAAUAAUUCGGCAUACUAGAGACUCUGGCCUUGACAAAAUGUUCGGAUAAUGAUGAGUGGAUUUGGUAUCCCAUGUGUACCGCCGACAAGGUAGGGGGUUCGUAAUACUCGUCUUGCCCACUUUCUGUGUGGAUGUCGGUCACUAGAAUAAUCCAUUAUAGUAGUUCCUUCUUUCCUCACAUAGCAAAUAUUUUGCCUCCUUCUGUGUUUCCAUCUUCUUACAAUCUGUUUCGCUCCAAAAAAAGUUGGUUUCCGGCAUCUUCGUGGUGAAGAUUAAUAUACAGUACUGCGUCGAUGACCUGUGCCCGGAUAGGCUAUUCUCCAUAAAAAAAAUCAAGAUUAAAACUGUCUGUUCUAUAUCACAUUGUUGACAAUAACCAUCUGAUGAACAGUUUUCUCCGCCCAGUUCACAACUGAACUUAACUUAAUAAAUAACUUGAAUGAAACAAAA